AUGUGGCAGCCUUGCCAAAAGGUUACUGAAAACGGAACAAUCCAUAAAGUAGAGAGUGUGUUUGCAAGCAAAAGUCACAAACUUGAUGAGCUAACGAGUAAGAAUCUCUCCAUCAAGCCAUCGUCGUUUUUGAUUUCGACUUCUGAAGUUAUGCGAGAUGCUGUUUCAGAAAGCAAAUGCAGUGGAUGUGGAAAGUCGGGACAGUUCGCUUUUAAGAAAGAAACGGAGCCACAGACAGGAAUACUAAAGUUGGAAUUUAUUUGUUCCGAAUGUGAGAAACUGUUCAGUGUAUCUAGCAACAGCGAGACUAUUCUUGCUCGUACGAAACCAAAGUGCUAUCUGACCAAUUAUGUCCUCCUCGCGUUCAUCACCUGUGGAUUGUACUAUAAAGAUUAAUAUAUAAAUUUAGCCAGGGCUAAAAGCGAAGCUCCUAUUAACUCGAAUUUAUAAUUCAAAUCAAACAAUAAACUUGUAUUCCACAAAUCAGUUAACUUUAGAGCACAUUCAUGUGACUUUUGAGGGAAAGACUUCGUGAUUUUCGAGAAAAAUAAUUUGCAAACAGUCAAAGCUAAGAGUGAACUUCAUCUUACAUCGAGUUGAUAGCCUUUAUAUGUACACCCAAAAAAUAGCAAUCAUCUUCGAUCACAUUUAAGAGCCAUAAUGGCUCUUGAUCACAGUAGAUUAGGCCUGGAAAACACCUGCGCCGUUUUCAUCAUACAGACCUCGGACAGAAUGCAGUGUUUCACAAUUUUGCAAUACAAAUUGCACUCAUUCAAUAUUCAGGACGAUCAAAGCACGUGUGGGCUUUUAGCGAAAUCGUCAAAAAAAUUUCCAAAAUCACCUAUACGGCUAGCCAGUUCUCACUUUUGACAAGUCGACUGUUUAAAUUAAGAUUAAUAUAGUUAUACGCUUCAACACAAUAAAGAAUUUAUUAUAAAGAUCUGUAAUCUUCAAAAGCGUUUGAUACGCGCGGCAUUUUGACUACUCUUGCAAGCAAUGUUCAUGAGCGACUGAAAACAAACGGCACAGCGAUUAAAAUUGCAAAAGAGACUACUUACAAUCAAUAAAGAAAGGGAAAAUAAUUCGGUGAAACAUAUACAGAGACAACAAUUUUCAUUCACGAAGACAAGUAUUACACAUGUAAAGUGUCUCUGAAAAUCCUUGUUUACGUUUUAAGCCGGCUUCCCGGUGUUUGCUUUUUUCAAAGACGAACUCGCGGCAAGAAAAUCGCUCAAAGCUUUCUUUUACAGCCAGAAUUGUAACCAAAUAUUCUUUGGAACGUUUUCUUUCUAUUUGCGGUGAGAAAAUGUCUAAAGGCUUUUUAAAGUUCCAUAAGCUGAUAAUCAAACCUGAUACUCGGUCACUCUCGGUCAGAUCAUUGUCUCAAAUCUUACAAACGUGCAUAAACCAAAUAGCCGCGUAAACUACGUUCGACUUCAUUAAAUUAGAUAUAAAAAACAAACAAAUACAAUAAUUACUCAGGCUUACCUUUUGAGAUGCACUGAAAACUAUCAAGUAAGGCCAGAACCGCUUCAGACUUUUCAACCGUCUUACGCAUCAAGCAAGGUGAAAAACGAAAACGAUGCCAUCCGAAUCGGAUUUCCGACUUUGCAAAGCGACGUAUUUCUCAACCAAAAACCCAAUAAACAAACUAGCCAUGAAUAACAGAAGACUCUUGAUAGCAGCUGAAUUUCACUUUGUACAUUUAGUGGAAAAAGACAGUUAAAAACAUCACAAAGUUGACACAAAACUCUGUCAGCUUCAGCUGUCAAAGUAAACAAGUUUCAAGAUGCUGCAUAAAUUUUCCGCGUGAACUCACCUGUCAAAUUUUGACCAAUCAGAGUAUAAAAAUUGGACGUAGAGCGUGACCAACGCGUGACCUUGGUGGGAAAAGUCAAAAGCAACUAGCAUGUCCUCCCUGCCUAUAAAAACUGGCUUAAUUCUUAGCUUCCGAGGUCAGUUUGAAAUCAAAAUUUUAAUUGUGCGGCACAUAUAAAACACAACAUAAUUCAUAUGAAUUGAAAAAUUAAACUUGAGCCUGCAAUCACUUGAAAACUAGUAACUUGUCAGCGGAUAACUUUAAAAAGAUACUCGACCUCGAUGGGUCGACACCUGAGCCCGCGAUAUGAUCAGAUGAUACUGGUCAGCGGAUACCCUGUUUUGACAGCUGUCAAUUGAUCACAAGAUUGAUGUGCAAUAUGUCUGCAAUAUCAGUGUUCCUGUGCUCCCAAACUAGAAAGUGUGAUGGAACAUUGGUUGCCCUGUGGUGCGGACGGACGGGCGGGCUGAGGGCGGUGUACGGUCACGUGAUUACCAAAUUUUCUGGGAUGGGUAGAUUUACUUACCCAUGGUGCUCCGCAGGCGCGCUUCGCGCGCCAGAGCUCCGCUAUGACCACUUGAUGGGAACCCUAGGAAUAAGCCACUUUAGCAAAAAGCAGUGGAUCCGAGUAAUUGAGUGGAUUUUCCCCGGAAGUACCAAAAAUAGCCGAUUGGAGUGUCCAGCAGUCGAGGAAAGCGAUAAAAGCGCGCGGAGAUCAAGACAAGCUCGAGGUGAUGUUCGACGGCUUCUACUUGACCAGAGGCCACUACUCCAACAAUUCUUCUGCCACCAUGCAUGACGCUAAGACCGGUAACAUCAUCGGCUAUGCACAUCGCACUAAACGAGGACAGGAUGCCAACUGGGAGGGGACAUCUGAUGGCGCAGAGGGGAACAUGCUUGACGAGAUUCUUGCCGUUUUGAUCGAAAACGAGCGUAUAACCAUCAAGAAAGCGAUAAUUGAUAAAGACGCCUCUUGUCAUGAGAUUAUCCUUACAAGAAGCCCGGAGACAGAGAUAGUGUUUUGUGGUAUCGUAAUGUGCUUAUUUUCUUUGGGCGUAAUAAUUUCAUUUCAUACUGCCGAAUUUUUCUCCCAAUUGAGUUUGGUUGCUUGUAAGAUUUUUUCAAUCUAAAACGAUUUCAAUUAUAAUCUUAACAUGUGUACCAUUUGAUAUAUCCACAGUGAAAAAGCCUUGGCCUACCCAAGUACGAAAGAAUGACAGAUGCAAUGAUAACUAACGCUAAAAAGUGUCUGAAAAAUCUAACAAAGUGCGAAGAGAUCUACUCCUCAGAGGACCCCAUGGGGGACUUUGGCAAAGCCAUCCUAAAUUAUUAUCAGCACUACACUGAUGACCACAGUUCAACAUGGUGCAGAUUUUACAAAAAGGUAGUAGUAAUACACAAAAAAUAUUUUGGAGCUUGUUGCAUCAUUGCAAACAUGAAACAUAAAACUAGGCGAGUAAAAACUGUACAGUCAGAGCUUUUUGUGUCUUUAUAAUAACUUGUUUUGGUCACUGCCAACAGUAACUAUUAUUAUUGGCAUUAAUAGUUCUUUAUUCUUAAAAAAAUUGUGGUUAUGUAAUUGUACAGGCAGAUGAAGAUGGAAAGCCCUACCACUGUAAACAUUCAUUUAGCUGCCCAUCACAACUGAGGGAGUUUAACGCACUCCUCGAAAAAAUGGCCACCAGACCUGAGGAGUACAUUACUCUGGAUGGGAGAGUAACAAAUAACAUGCCAGAGGGAUACCAUGGGAUUGCUUUAAUGUACCGGAACAAGAGGAUUGACCUGGGAUCCGUACAUUAUAAAUGCAAGACUAACACGUCAAUACCUCACAAGGUGAUCAACAAUAAUAUGGUGAUCUCAUUAACGCAUAUAAUAAAAUGGUGUAAUUAAAAAAAUUAUUUCACGAUAAUCAUUCUCUUGAAACAAAAUUGAUCAAUGAUAAUUUCAAGCAUUAUUGAAAAGAACAAUGCUAGAGAUUUCAUUUGAAAGAGCUAACACAAUUUGAAACGGCUAGCAACGGCUUCAAAAGAUAGGUCACUGGGCCCUUAAUUGUUUCACAAUUUUUAUUAUAGCCGUACAAUUUAAAUGAAUUUUUAUUAAUUCUUGAAGACACAAAACUGACAGAGUAGUGACGAGCACAUCUUGUUCAGUCAAGAAGAACAGGAUAAUUCUCAGACUCCGUAGAUUAAUAAUUAUCCAGAUGAAUAAAUAUUGUCUCUCCUCAGUUCUUAGUGAUUAAACAACAUCCGCUGCUUACUUAGACGAAAACGAAAUUACAAAUAUCCUCACAAACUAAAACUAAUUUAAGGCUAAUUAACAUUAUGACAGCAUUUGUCUUUUUCAUUUAUUAUUAAGGCAGAGAUUUAAUCCCUGUUUUAAAACUGAUUAAAAUCAGUUCCACGACGCCUUUAAACGCAGAAUGACCGACAAAAAAGACAGAUGAUAAAAGCAAUAAAAAAUCUGACUAGGCUGACUAAAAUGCUAAAAUGAUAAAGAAAUAAAUUGCAAAAUCCGCUGGAUUUCAGCGUUAGAUCUCAAGAAAAGAGAUCUAAACAGCUAAAAUAUUAAAAACAAAAAAAGAGAAGUCCUAAGACUACUGCAAAGCUGAUAACGCUCGUUGCUCUUUUACAACAUUUCUAUCGUUUGGUUUGGAAACGCUUACUAACACAAAAGACAUACAUAUCUAUUUAAGCCAAAGAAUAUUUCCACCACGUAUCACGCAUAAAUUUCUUUAUUCAACUAAGAAAUAUUGGAAGUCAUAAUAAAAUGUUAUUUUGAUUGUUCGUGAUCAAGACAGUGGGACCUUGAUAAAUUAUGAUUAAGGGCCAAGGGACAAGCAAAACCUGUUCGCAAAACGAAGCUUCUUUUUAUCGAGGUUCCAAUUUAUUUCCCGCUUUUCUGUUUUUGUAAACCCUCUUACGCGAUGGACGAAUAAAUAAUAGGCUAUACUACUAGACCAAAAGACGAAAGUGCAAAUUUUCUAUGGAUAUUCUCAGUAUUUCGUAAAUUCUCUUUUCACUGUUUUAAUGUGCGAUUUGUAACAGUUUCUACGCCUGUGUCAAAAACAUCAUGUUAAUAUGAACUACGUACGCUUGAAAAAUUUGAGCAUGAAAGGGAGUUGUUUGUCCGACUGCUGUUCUUGCGACAAUUAUUUUACGUCUUUAAGAUCGUCUUCCUUGUAUAGCUGUGUUGACUUUUCACUGACAAAAUCACCGUUAAUUUAAAAUCAAUUUGUUACGGUGAGUGACACUUUUUUGCUUUGAAAAUGACAAUCCCUUUGUUGCUCUUUAGAGCAGAUUUUAAUUAAGAUCUGAAACGAAUACUAAUUUGUUGCCAUUUCAGCGCAACAGUCAACUCAGACUAAUUCAACUAUAAUGAAUGUUUCACUUACUUUGAUUAAUUAAAGCUUAUAGUACCGCUCUGUUUCAAGAUAACUGAAUCUAAAUGGCAGAAAUGAUGCCAAAAGAACUAUUGGUAUAGUGGGUGAUUUGUUGUUGCAAAAAAAGCAAAUACGAGUUGAAAUGUCUAUUUUCGCCCAUUAAACAUACUUAUCCAGCGAUAUUAGUAACUCGGAUACUGCUCAAAAAGAGGAAAGAGUACUUGGGAGAUAUCAAUUUCUGUAGGACGUUCUUAAAGAAGUUCUCCACGAGGGAAGGUUAGUAUACUUAUUACUUCAGACCCUCUUUUUUUAAGUUUAAAUAUCGCAUUUACAUUGUAGCAAUCAUACACUAUAAAAAAUGGACGUUUAUAUUACGUUUAUAUGGGUAUAAAGAUUGCUAAGUUAAGUUGGCUCGAUAAAAGCAUGUAGCCGACUAUUACCAUUUUAAAUUUUAAAUUUCAUGCUCAUCAACUACAGCUGAAAAUCAUUUCGAAUUAUGUUUACCUAACCGUAACCCUUACCAUUUUCAAAAUCAAAAUCAAGAUUUCGUUAAAAUUGUUAUUAUAAGAACAAAAAAAAAAACUCCCAGGCUAGCCAAACACUUGUUCUACAAAUCUGGAUUUCUGGCCCAAUUCAAAUAAAGGUCUUGUUUUUGUUUUGUUUUUUGUUUUUUGUUUUUUUUUUGGCCUCCUCAAACUCCCUUGAGUGCCCUUGAUGUGGUUUGUGAACUUUGGUGCGAGAGAGGGAAUUUUUAGCAAGCGUAGCAAGGUAACAAACUGAAACCCCAUGAAAAGAAAAUCUAUCUUUUAGAGGCUUUACUAGAAACUGUUUGUAAGGCUGAAAAUCUAUCAUGCUAAAGCUCUGACCUCAAAAAAACCUCAUUUGAAUAGCCUUUAUUUAAAGAGGGUAGCACUUAAUAGCCAAAGGCUAAUAAACUUGUGGCCCUCAUAUAUUUUACGUCUCCUAAUGGAGACGGGACCGCCAUUUUACGUGGUCAUCCGAGCCACGCGAAGGUCACAAAGGAAGUACCUUCAUUUCUCAGUUAUUUUUAAGACCCUGAGUAUUGGUCCGGCCCCGGGAAUCGAACCCGCGACCUCCCGCUCUGCAGUCAAGCGCUCUACCGACUGAGCUAAUCCUGCCGCGGUCAAGAAAGAAACUUUAAUUAGAAUCCCGAAUAACAAUAAUAGCAAUAAUAAUAGUAAUAAUAAAUUGGUUGAGUAAAACCAAAGAACUAAUAAAUUAGUUCUGAGGGUUUCUUUUUCAUCUGGCAAGAGAUCUAAAUCAAGUUUUACAGGGACGGAAAAGCCAGCUAGUCUUGAGAUUAAGAUUUAUCCAGUGGAUUACGAGUCGGUAAUUGCGUUGUCCACUGCGAUCAUGGCUACCCCGCGAUCAUGGCCGCCUACACGUAGGCGGUGGAUAGCCCUGUUCAUUUUUUGAACAAACUAUUCUUUUCUUCUCAUUUUCUUUUAACAGAAAAAGAAUUUACAACGGUUUCAAUUGAAACUGCCAAUAUGAAGUUCAUGACCAGAGGACUAAUUUUCAUGACAGCGUGUCACGUGACUUUUGUCCUCAUGAGUCAGGUUUGAUAUACCUUAUACAAACGUUAUUGCACUAACGUUGUCAUAUAGAAAAGAAAGAGCCAAAAAAAGUUAGCCGUUCAAUUGACGUUAUGAUAAUCCUGAUAACGCUUUUGCAGUAUAGUAUACGACUUCACUGACAUCACAUUGACUUGGAAUGAGUUUAGAAAGGGUUAAUUGGCCACUCUAAAGACUUUUUCUGCUUCAAUAUUUCGUCAGCCUUGUCAUUCUGAAAGUAGUGAGUAUGCCCAGUUCAUUUCUGUCAGUUAGCUUUAGUCAAUUCUUUUUUUUUGUUUUCCUAUGACAUCGAUAUUGCAAUUAAUGUAACUUACAUACCUAUAUCGAAAUAUCGGAAAGUAACUUGAUUGAGCUAGCAGAGUAAUUCAGCUAAAAAAAUCCUCAGCGGAACACGAGGUUUCAAGCAAAACACAAGAAGUAAUGGCUAAGCUCAGGAACAAAACUUGACUUUAUUACCGUCUGUUCGUGGGCGGCAGUGAAUUGGCUUGAGGUAUUGUCUUUCCGAAAUAUGGCAACCUAGCAAAAACCGAAACAGGUCCGUUUAUCUUCCCUGACGGUGAGUUUGCUAAUGAGACUGAUAAGGUUAGUUUCGGGAAUUGUGAAAUAGUUUAGACUUCCCCCAAAGUGACAAGACGUAAUGCACGAGCAGUAUACAGGCUCUCUUAUCCUUCACAGAACUGAAAAAAGGUUGUCGCCAGGCAUUCACG